GAGACAAAUAAUAAGGAUUUCAAUUAUAAAAUUUUGAAUGAUGAUUCUGGUAAUGUAUUAGACAAAGACAAUGUAUUAAGUAAAGCAGAUUUGCUAAGUGAAAGAAAUUUUUUAAGCGAAAAUGAUUUGUUGAGCAAAAGCAAUUUGUCUAGUGAAAAUAAUUUAUUGAACAAAGGCGAUUUGUCAAGCAAAGAUAAUAUAUUAAAUAAAGAAGAUUUUAACAAAGAAAUUGUUGAUGAGCCUUUAAGUAGUAAAGAAAUACCAUCUAUUACUAGAGAAUUUGCACCAUACUUCACUACUCUUGCUUAUAUUGACUUAGUAGAUAUAAUUUAUCAUCCUCAAUUCAAAAGUGAAGAUAUUGUAAAGAACAUUAGAUGA